CAAAACCAAAACGAGGAGGAAAAGGGUGACAGUUACUAAUGAGAGAGAGGGAAUUUCUAUUGGAGGGAAGGGACAAGGAAGGCUGUCCUGCGAGUGGGAGAGAGACGUCGUCAGAGCAGGAGAAAGAAGUGGCCAGAGAGAGUCUCCACCGCAACCUUGGUUUCGUUAUCCUCUUCCACCACGCACAAUCCCACCAUCGUUAGCUUCACUUUUCCUUCAUUUUCAUCUUCUUUGUACUUUGCUUUGCUUUGUGCCCUACUACUCUAGUACGCCUUAAUUGUCCAAUAUCGUAUUCCACUUCCACUUCCACUUCCACCACUUCCACUUCCAUUCCAUGUUGUCGUCUUCAUCUUAAUUCGUCUACAAGGAUUUCAACUAUCCUCCCCCUACUUGUACCAGUGGUGCUGCUGCUGUGAGUGACUAUUCCCAAAAGCCCAUCCAAAUCCAUCGUGCCCAAAAAGACAUUACUAGUAUUUUAUCAGUUUGGUGGGGGGAAAGAAAACCCAACUCACCAAUCCAAGUCUCUCUUUUCCCUUUCUGCCUCCAAGUAUUCUCUUUCUUCUUCUUCUUCGUAGCAAUUAGUACCAUUAAUUUAUUGGAAAAAGUGCCCCACCCACCACUCUCUUCGGUGAUUUCUUCCCUUUUUUUCAUGUGGUUUUGGCCAUUAGCUUUUCCCUGAUUACUGUUUAACUGGGACGGAUAUCUCUGCUUCUGGAAUUAUUUCCAAUCUGCAACUCCUUUUCUCGCGCGGCUAUAAGGCUUCCGAGUUCACUGAGGCUUGCUUAUCAUUUUUGUCUUCUUGAUUCUAUGUUCUUCAUAUGAUCACUAAGGCUCGGGUAUUCUGUCAUUGUUAUUAUUAUUAUAUUGUCGAUUCAGUGUUGCAGCCAAAAUUUCCGUUUGGAAUUUUGAGUUCCCCUCGCAGUUUUUGACGGGACUUGUGGUAGCUUUUUCACGGCAGGGCAGGGUCUUGGUUCAUCAUUUUUUAUUUAUAUAUAUAUAUAUAUAUUGUCAUGAAUUUGGCUUGGUUGCUGCUGCUGCAGCACAUAUUCCUUCUACUCAUUGGAUCAGGAUACUGUGGUGAGGUCUCAAAGCCUGAUGCCGUGAAUAUUGGAGCCAUAUUUACAUUUGACUCUCUCAAUGGGAAAGUUGCAAGUAUUGCAAUGGGUGCUGCUGUGGAAGAUGUUAAUUCUGAUCCCAGUUUUCUUGGUGGAAAGAAACUGGCUAUUACUAUGCACGAUUCCAACUUCAGUGGAUUUCUUGGCAUUAUUGGAGCAUUGAAGUACAUGGAGACUGACACUGUGGCUAUUAUUGGUCCACAAACUUCAGGAAUGGCCCAUAUACUCUCCCAUCUUGCAAAUGAACUCCAUGUCCCGAUUUUGUCGUUCACAGCCUUGGAUCCCACCCUCUCACCUCUCCAAUACCCUUACUUCAUCCAAACUGCACCCAGUGAUCUAUAUCUGAUGACUGCCAUUGCUGAAAUAGUUAGUUAUUUUGGUUAUAGAGAGGUAACAGCAGUGUUCUCUGAUGAUGAUGGGAGCCGAAAUGGCAUAUCUGCAUUAGGUGAUAAACUUGCAGAGAGACGCUGUAAAAUCUCUUAUAAAGCAGCACUUCCUCCUGAUACCAAAACAACUCAAAAUGACAUUAAGAAUGAAUUAUUGAAGGUUAGACUGAUGGAAUCUCGUGUAAUUGUUCUACACACUUAUACAAAAACAGGUCUUCUGGUUUUUGAUGUGGCUCGAUCUCUUGGCAUGAUGGAUAGUGGGUAUGUCUGGAUUUCAACUACUUGGCUGUCCAGUUAUUUGGAUUCUACAGAAUCACUCUCUCCAAAGAUUGCUGGGUCCAUCCAAGGAGUUAUCACCCUUCGUCCCCACACCCCUGACUCUGAAAGGAAAAGAGUAUUCUCAUCUCGGUGGAAUCAGCUGAGCAAUCACACUAUUAAGUUGAAUGCCUAUGGUCUAUAUGCUUAUGAUACUGUCUGGAUGAUAGCCGCUGCAGUUAAAAUGUUUCUAAAUCAUGGUGGGAUUAUUUCAUUUUCCAGUGAUCAAAAUUUAAGAGGUCUGGGGGGAGGAACCCUAAAUCUUAGUGCAUUAAGUAUUUUUGAUGGAGGGAAGCAGAUACUUAGGAACAUAUUGCAGACCAAUAUGACUGGUCUUACCGGCCCUCUCGGCUUUAGUGCAGACAGGUCUCCAGUACAUCCUUCGUAUGAUAUCAUUAAUGUAAUUGGAUCGGGUUUCCAGGCUUCCCGACAUAUAGGAUACUGGUCUAAUUAUUCUGGACUGUCUAUUACAUCACCAGAGAUGCUUUAUACCAAAGCACCUAAUCUUUCGAGUUCCAAUCAACAAUUGCAUAGUGUGAUGUGGCCUGGAAACACAACAGUUCAGCCUCGUGGAUGGGUGUUUCCAAACAAUGGGAGGCUGUUAAGAAUUGGAGUUCCACGCCGUGUUAGUUAUCAAGAUUUUGUUUCACAAGUCAAAGCUAAUGAUACAAUCCAAGGAUACUGCAUAGACGUUUUUCUUGCUGCAAUAAAGUUGCUUCCAUAUCCAGUGCCUUAUAAAUUCGUUUCGUUUGGAGAUGGUCACAAAAACCCAAGCUAUACUGAACUUGUAAAUAUGAUCACAUCUGAUGUUUUAGAUGCUGCCGUUGGUGACAUUGCCAUCAUCACAAAUCGUACAAAGAUUGUGGAUUUUACGCAGCCUUACAUAGAAUCAGGACUAGUCAUAGUGGUGCCAGUUAGAAAGUUGAACAACAGUGCUUGGGCUUUCUUGCGGCCAUUCACUCCAUUCAUGUGGGGUGUUACAGCUAUAUUUUUCCUCAUUGUUGGUGCAGUGGUAUGGAUUUUAGAACACAGGAUAAAUGAUGAAUUCCGUGGUCCGCCUAGGAAGCAGUUUGUCACAAUUCUCUGGUUUAGCUUCUCAACUAUGUUCUUCGCCCACCGAGAAAACACAGUGAGCACACUUGGGCGCCUCAUUCUAAUCAUCUGGCUAUUCGUGGUUUUAAUUAUAAACUCAAGCUAUACUGCGAGCCUGACGUCAAUCCUGACAGUGCAACAGCUAUCCUCUCCCAUUAAAGGAAUUGAAAGCUUGAUAACUAGCAAUGCGCCAAUUGGUUUCCAGGUCGGGUCGUUUGCUAGAGACUACUUACACGAAGAACUGAACAUUGCCAAAUCAAGGCUAGUUGCCCUCGGUUCGCCAGAGGAGUAUGCUAUGGCCCUCAAUAAUGGAACCGUUGCUGCUGUGGUUGAUGAACGCCCAUACAUCGAUCUCUUUCUCUCAACCUACUGCAGGUUCUCCAUUGUGGGCCAAGAGUUCACUAAAAGUGGCUGGGGAUUUGCGUUUCCAAGAGACUCUCCCCUUGCCAUUGACAUGUCAACUGCCAUUCUGAUGCUGUCAGAAAACGGGACUCUUCAAAAGAUCCGCGACAAGUGGCUGAACAAGAAGAAGAAAGGCUGCGGUUGGAACUCUCAGCUGGUUGAAUCAGAUAAGCUUAAUUUAACCAGUUUCUGGGGACUCUUUCUCAUCUGUGGGAUAGCAUGCUUUCUUGCUCUGCUUGUAUAUUUCUGCUUGAUAGUGCGCAAGUUCAGCCGAUACUUCCCUGACAAUGACGACGACGAUGAUGAUGAACUUCAGCAGGAUCAUCCUCAUCCUCCUCCUCUUGGCCGGGGCAGGGGAGGUAUCCGCUCUGCGCGUGUCCAGAGAUUCUUUUCGUUUGUGAAUGAAAAGGAAGACGUAUCUAAAAAUAAGCUCAAGAGAAAGAGGGCAGAGAUGUCAUCCUCCAGCACUACAACUGGCCGGAGGGAUGCGACUGUGGACGGACCGUCAUCAUCACUAAGAGCAGACAUCUAAUCUAUUAGUUACUAGUAGUUGGGGGGAUACUUACAUUACAUAUUGGCUGGAUUUAACUGAUUUUUCUUACUACUAUUGUAUUGUAUUGUAUUCUAGUGUUUGUUUCACUUGUAUAUUAUCAUACCAUAAACUACCACUCCUUCCCAAGAAUGAUCCUGGUUUCUUCUGUAUGUA